AUUUGACUUGUGGAAAAUUAAAGCAAAGCAAAACAAGCAGUAAUGGCAAGUGGUAGUGAAGUGAUAAGCAACAAGCAAGUGAUAUUGAAGCACUUUGCCAAUGGAGCUCCGAAAGAAUCAGACAUGGUGGUGAAAACAAGUUCCAUAUCAUUGAAAGUAGAACCAGGUUCAAAUGCUGUUGUUAUCAAAAAUCUUUACUUGUCUUGUGAUCCUAUGAUGGGGAACCGCAGGAAGAAUUUGGGAAUUCCUGGUUUAACUUACACAGUUGAAUCGCCAUUGGAAGGGUUUGGAGUGGCCAAAGUUGUGGCUUCAGGGCAUCCAGAAUUUAAGAAAGGGGACUUGGUUUGGGGUGCUGUUGGAUGGGAAGAAUACAGUCUCAUUAAGAACACUCAAAGCCUCUUCAAAAUCCAUCACACUGAUGUUCCCUUGUCCUAUUAUAUUGGAAUUCUUGGCAUGCCUGGUAUUACUGCUUGGGCUGGUUUCUAUGAAUUAGCUGCUCCUAAGAAAGGAGAAAAUGUAUACAUUUCAGCAGUAUCAGGCGCUGUUGGUCAACUGGUUGGGCAAUUUGCCAAGUUAAUGGGCUGCUACGUAGUUGGAAGUGCUGGAAGCAAAGAAAAGGUUGAAAUUUUGAAGAACAAUUUCGGAUUCGAUGAUGCUUUCAACUACAAAGAGGAGCAAGACUUGGAUGCAGCUUUGAAAAGGUGCUUUCCUGAGGGCGUUGACAUUUACUUCGAAAACGUAGGAGGAAAAAUGCUAGAUGCGGUGCUUCUAAAUAUGAGAUUGCAUGGUCGAAUUACGGCGUGCGGAAUGAUCUCACAAUACAAUCUUAGCCAGCCUGAAGGUUUGUUAGAAUCUAUUUAUUAG